GACAGUAAAAUUAUCACUUCAACGUAGAAACCUUGAUGGGAAAUGUUCCUGAAUCACUCCAAUAUAGCUUAAUAACUUCAAGAACAUAGAGUAUGGAAUGUGAAAAGUAUGACAUCGGAAUACUAUAAAAUGAUCCAUGUGGACACCACAAUGACAACCAAGGAAUUUAUUGGCAAAGUUGCCAAAAUGUUUGGCUAUAAUCAAAGCAAGAUUUCCGUAACAUACAUGUUCAAAGUGGAUGAAGAAAGUAUCUCUGUUGAGAUCGAUGGACAUGAUGAUGAUAGUUUGCUAAAUGCAAUCAAAGUACUAAAAAAUUAUUCAAAGCUGUCUGUGAAAGUGCAAACUGACAGGGAUGUGGGUUUGCCAGACUUUGUACUUGAUGGAAAAAGGAAAAGUAGAACUCAGGAAGUUUUGUCUGAGGAAUUGAAGAGGGAGAUGGGUUUACAUGAUGAUACAGGAAAGAGGAAGAGGAAAUUCUUAGAUGCAAAAUGGACUGACAGAUGCAACACACUAAUUGAAGGAGACUCCAGAUUCCUCCUGGCAUUUGACAACCUGAAAUCUGGGAUGAAGACAGUAUUGGGUAAUGGGGACUAUGUUAUAAACCCAUUUCAAGUUAUUUGUCCUUGUUGUGGUGAAAUAAGAGUUUUGAGUAACAUGAACCAAAUGAGGGCACUUUGUACUCACUUCAAGGAAAAACAUUUAGACACAUCAAAAGGGGUGUCUCUGCUGAAAAGAUUGGAAGCAUGGAUUAAGAACAACUUCAUCACUGAAGCAGAACUACUACUUCAAGCUCCUCUUCCAUCUGGACUUGUUUGUCCAUCAUCAAUCAUUAAUACUCCACGGGUCAGGAAAGCAUGCCUGGCCCGUGAUAUUCCUUAGGGGCAUUUACAAGACCAAAUUUAGGUAAGGCAUAUUAUUUUUUAGGUUUAUGUCUAAUUCUGAAUAAGAAAAAUGCUAUAUACCAAAAUGUAAUCAAUUGAAAAUUUAAUUGAUGGAUUACUGUUAUUCUAUCUAACUGUAUCUCUGGAAGUUUGUUGACUAGUGAUACAACCAACUCUCAUUCUCUUGUUUUACACAUGUUACACUGCCAUUUCAUUAGUAAACGGAUCAAGAGAGGACAGUUAGGGUAAAGCAACAGAAAUUCCAUCUAGUAAAUGCACUCAAAUGACUUUCCAUAAAGCUAUAUAUGUAAAGAACCAAACCUACUGAAACAUUCCUAUCAAGGUUUGAAGGCUCAAUUUAUUUUUCCAAACUCAGUUUCAAAUUUGUUUUCAAAUUUGCAUAGAUUAAUCGAUUCUUGUACAUGUAGGUUUCAAACUGCUUCAAAUCAAAUGCAUUGUCUUGACGGCAAGCUGAAUAAACACAGUCUGCUUGCAUACAUGUACAUAUUGUUAUGAAUGCUUACUUAAGCAUUUUAUUAUAAUAGCAUUAUCAGUUAGACCACAGUUAGUGAUUUCGGGAUUAUUAUUGGUUGACAGUUUAGUCUGCAUUUCGAAAUUUAGAAGUAUAAUAAUAUAAAAAAAACAAUUUGAAAUUAGGUUUGGAAAAAUAGAUUGAGCCUGCCAACUUUGAUAGGGACACUCCAGUAGGUUUGGCUAUAAUGUAUAUACAUAAGCAGAUCAAAAGAAAUAAGAAUAUUUAAAAAUCUGUUUUAGCAUUAUGUGGCAGUCAUUGUUUCCUUAAUAGUAUUUUUCAUAUUCGUGAAUUGGAUUUAUUAAGAAAGAAAGAAAAAAGGAAAAAAAUAGUAUUACUGUGCGACUACUGAAACUGGGACCACUUGAUUAAAACCAACCUUUCUCAAAGAACAGUGAAAUAACAUCAUUAAACAAUCAAAUGUUAUAGUGUUCUGAUGCUCAUGAGAACCUUGAUGUGAAUACUACAAUAUGAUUGUAAAAUAAAAAAUCAAAGUGGUUCCAGUUAAAGUAGUUGCACUGUAAUAAUAGCAUAAAAUUAAAAGAGAAACAGUUUUAAAACAGCAUUUAAUCAAGAUUGCUGUUUCAAAACAAACGGAACCACAUUAUCUUGUGAAUGCCCCUUUGGAAUAAAUAAGGAAGUCAACCAAGAUUACAUUGCUCAUUGGCUAAAUGUCUUCAUCAAGUCUGGCAUUUUGACAAAGAGCCACCUGUUAUACCAAGAAAUUGAUGCUUUUCUUGUGGAACAAUUAAAUCAACCAGACCCAGUUUAUACCUGGAAACGCUGGCCAACACUGUACAGCUAUUGUGAAUCUCUAUUUGAGAAUGCUACAAGAAGAGGCUACAGAUUCUUCCUUGGAUGUAAGCGCUUUGGUUUGCAAGGGGCAAGGGAAGAAAUUGCUCCAUUAAAGUCAUACUGCAAUCCUGGGCCUUCCAUAUCUACACUAGAUAGUAGCAAGCAGCCUGCCAAGUUUAAUCCAGGGACACAUUUGAACAACUUAAUGUUACUGUUAACUUUACUUGAUUCCCUUGAUGGCAUACCUUGUAUCCAGUCAGCAGGUGUAAUGAAAUACUUGUGUAUUAUGCAUUAUGAUGGAAUGCCACUUAAUAUUGGCACAUUUGCACGCCAAGA